UUCCUUCUUCCCCCUUUCUUCCCACCUGCAGAAACCAAAACCCUAGUUCUCCCUCCAUUUUUUCUCCAUCAUUUUCUUAUCUAUUUUUAUUUUUAUUUACCACCUUCUAUCUCUGGCGCAAUUAGAGCUUCCAAACUGAUGAAAUCAUCAUGUCGAAGAUGCAUUUUGUCUUACUGGAAUUUGGAGAGGGUUACUUUGUGAAGGGUUUGCGGUCUCUGUCUGACAAGUGUCUUUUGAAGAGAAGAAAGCUUAGCCUAUUUCGAUUUCAUUAGCACUUUUAACGUUGAGGCUUAUUUGUCUUUAGUUUGCAAAGGCCGAUAAGCAAUCUUGCCAGUUUGAUCUCCUAGUGUUAGAAGGCCCUAUGGCGGUCGUCAAACCAGAGAUGAAGUCCUACAUUUGGCUCCAAACUGCUGAUGGUUCAAUCCAACAAGUAGAGGAAGAGGUUGCCAUGUUUUGCCCGAUGAUAUGUAGAGAAGUACUUCAAACUGGCAUGGGAUCCUCGAAAAAUUAUGCCAUAUCACUUCCUCAACGAGUCAAUCCUGCUAUUCUGGGCUUAAUACUGGAUUAUUGUCAGUUUCAUCAAGUUCCUGGCCGUUCUAAUAAGGAGCGCAAGAUUUUUGAUGAGAAGUUCAUCCGGUUAGAUACCAAGAAGUUAUGUGAGUUGACAUCUGCUGCUGACAGCCUUCAACUGAGGCCUCUGGUUGACCUUACAAGUCGUGCACUUGCUCGGAUGAUUGAGGGCAAAACUCCCGAGGAAAUACGUGAAACUUUCCACUUACCUGAUGAUCUAACAGAGGAGGAGAAGUUGGAACCUUUGAGAAAUAUGACCGAUGAUCCACGUAUCCGUCUUCUCAAUCGACUCUAUGCAAGGAAAAGGAAAGAAUUAAAAGAACGAGAGAAAUUAAAGAAUGUCGAGGUAGAAGAAGAGCAGCAUGUGGAUGUUUCUCUAAAAAAAAAAGAGCAGCAUGUGGAUGAACGAUCAGUUGAUGAUCUUCUAUCUUUCAUAAAUGGGGUAGAUGAAGAUUCUAAGAGUGCAAGAGCAACAAAGAGUAAAAAGAAAAAUAGAAGGAGAAAAGAACAAGCUAGAAAUUCCUCUACAAAUAAUGAAACUGGAAACCAUAAUCAGGAUUCUACUCCUACAUCUAGCUGCAUGAAUGGUGACACUGGUGAUGUGCCUUCUCCAAGUAAACCUUCUGAGCUGCAAGACUCUGCAUCUGUUAAGUUUUCACCCAAACUUGAUUUUGAUGACGGUGAUAUUGACGAUGAGUUAGAUCCUGCAAUGAAGGAAGAAAUUGACAGGGAGGUUGAGGAUUUUGCUAGGAGACUUAACUCUGAUUGGCCAGAAAGAAUGCAGGAGAUUUUGUCUUUGGGUCAAGAGAGGAGGCAUGUACCACUAUCUGUGAAUGGGAAUGGUUCCCUGAAGAGAUAUACAGCAGGUUUGGACGGGAGAUAAUGGUCCAAAUGGUGGAUUAUGAAUCUUUUGGAUUCAGUUGAGCUUAACAUGCCAGUUUGUCUGUGCCUGCUGUUUCCACUAAAGAUGGUAAAGAUUCAGUGUUCAUUGCUUGUAAAGUUCCUUCCACUAAUCUUAUCCGAUCAGAAGAGUUCUUUCCACUUGCUGAGCUGCCAAAAGUAAUUUCUGAACGCGGGGAACUGACCUGACUGGCUGAAGUUUUAUGGGAAUUUCGGGAUAGAAGGGAAGUCUCUGUGGUAUGUGGUUUCAUGGUAACCACCAUUUCAUUUGUCCUGCAUUUCCAGAUACAAGUUCCAAUUUUGCAGAAUUUUCAAAAUCUUAGAUUUGUUUUCCUAUUCUUUAAUAAUUUAGUUCAAAUUAAGCUGUCGUUACUUUCACUAUUUAUUUUUUCUUCCUGGUUGGGCUUUUCAAUUUAAUGUUUCUUGGGUCUUUUUCCCAAUACGCGGGGAUAUGAUAUGAGCAUUAUUGCCAUGAAAUGGCUUAAAUGCUCUCGGGUUCUAUGCUUCAAUUCUGUAUUUUUAUGUAAUGUCUCAAGAAGUAUAUUAGUGUGUAUCCUGUUGUAAAAUUUGUGCAUUGACAUUAAAAAUCUAGUGAACUAAGAUUCCUCUUCCCGUCU